AUGCUCGGAAAGCUCAAAGGAAAAACCAUUUCAAGGCCUGCAUCGCCCAAGGCCGGGAGUGCGGCUGCCUCUACUGGUGCGAGAUUGAUAGGCGCUUCAAGGGCAUUAUAUAUCCCGGUCGUCGGCCGCGAGAUUCAGAAAUAUUUAGAUAAAGGGUAUCUAGUUAAUUUAAUUCCAUCUUCCAGGUUUAUGUCACUAAGAAGCAGCCCAAACGCUGGUAAAACAAGCUCGGAAAAUAGUAAAGGGGAACAAUCACCUUCGUCUCCCGUUCAUACCGGGGUACUACAAAAUAGGGUAGGUACGAGUGAUCCGACAGCAACUUCUACAAGUUCUGAGGAGCCAUACAACGGCUUGAGCCCAUGGGAGGAAGCGAUCCUCGGUGUUCCUGAAACUAAGGUUGGGUUUACUAAAAAGGAAGCUGAAACUCAAGGGCACAAGGAUUUUAUCGAUGGGUUGAUAACAGAGAUAGACAAAUACAACACAGAUAUUAACAACAGACGAUGGUUUCGGAUCAAUGAUAAAGGCGAAAAAAUCUUCUUCGUUGAGAAAGUGGUCUUUCAGCUGGAAAGAUACGCGCAGAUCGGGGAUGUGGCUAUCCAGCACAAUCCUGAUGUAGUGGCAUUAGUCUGGGCAGGCUUUCGGUUUCUUCUACAGAUCGGGUCAGCAUACACGAAGGAUAUGCAGACAGUAACGGAAGGUAUCGAACUCAUUGUCUGCAGCAUAUGCGAAUGUCAUAUCUUUGAAAGAUUGUACCUAAGGCCAAGGCUUGAUUUGGGAGCCGAGUUAAGGAAGUCACUUGUCAAGUUCUAUAUCUCAAUCCUGGACUUCUUGGUCUAUGGCAAGAGCUAUCUAUCAAGGGACACAACCGAUCGUGUAAUAGAAAGCUUCUCUUCGGAACUCAUGCCCUUGACCGAUAAAAUGCGGAAGGCGUUAGCAGAGGUAAAAAGUAAGGUGGAUGUCGUUCGUACAGAAUGGGAAGCAAAGUGGCAUGAUGAUAUUUCGCAAAAGCUGGUGCAAAUUAGGCAGGCGCUGUUGGCCAUUGAGAAACCUCUCGGUGAUAUUGAGCUUAAGCACUGGGUGGAGAAGCUUUACGAUGAAGUUCAAGGUAGAAAACGACUUGAGAUAUUACAAUGGCUGUCCGAUGUCCCCUUCAGAGAUCACCACACAUUCAACAGUCAGCGUCGUCAAGAGGAUACUGGCCAAUGGCUCCUCAAGAACAAGAGUUUCUUAGAGUGGAGAAACUCGAAUCAGUCAUCAAUACUUUGGAUGAGAGGGGAUGCCGGUUCAGGAAAAACACUUUUGGCAUCAUUCAUUAUCGAUGAGUUCCAGGCCAUAACAAGAAGCAGCAACGAACACAUAAUGGCUUACUUCUACUGCGACUACAAAGAGCCAGCGAGGAGUGAUCGAGAAUCGAUCCUCAGGGCUAUUGUAAAACAGCUUUGCCUCAAGGGACCAACCACCGAUCAUAUACCAAACCUGGUAGCAGAAAUGUACAGCAUACGUGAGGAGGAUGGAUUUUCAUCCGGGAAACUCAGGGUAUCUGAAAGUACAGAGCUUAUUGUUAAAUUGGCGGGAAUGUACAGUGAUGUGACAAUCAUUAUGGAUGGAAUAGAUGAAUGCGAUCGGAAGACUAGAGCAGAACUAUUUUCCGCAAUAAACGAGAUGAGCAAGGCUGACUCCAAGGUGAAGAUUAUCUUGACGGGCCGUUACGAUAACGAUAUAGAAAGGAUGUUCUCUACUGCCCACAAGCACUACCUCACGGCAAAGGACAACACAGAAGACAUCAUAAAAUACGUUGAGACGCAGAUGGAAAAGCGAUGCGACCCCACUCGCGGGGACACGGUGCAGUUGAUCUUGAAUGGCGUAGUCCCUGCAGAUCUAAAACAAGAGAUCAUCGAUACUCUUUGCGAAAAGAGUAACGGCAUGUUUAUGUGGGUUCAUUUACAGUUAUUGGCCUUGUGCGAAGAGAACACUCCCGGUGAUAUACGGCAGGCUUUGAAGGAAUUGCCAAAAGACCUCAACGCAACAUACGACCAAAUUCUUAAAAGAAUCGCCGAGAAAGGACCUCGAUCUGAAAGGGUAGCCAACUUUGUUCUCCGAUGGCUCGUUUACGCGCAAUCAGUGUGCUCCACACAGACUGUAAUACAGGCGCUCGCAAUACGACCCGGUUCCAGUGAGCUGGACGAAAAUCUCUUGUGGUGGGAAGUCGGCUACAUCUUGGGUGCUUGCCAAAGCCUCGUGGUGCAUGACGAUGUGCUUGAUAAUUUCCAAUUCGCUCACUUUUCAGUAAAGGAGUAUCUCCAGCGGCACCCUCGGUUUGCAGAUGUGGAGACGUCUCAGACGCUGAUUGCCGAGGUUUGCCUUACGGCACAUGUGCAGCACUCUACAGAGGGUGGAGAGGAAGGAAAGGUUAAGGAACUACUUUGGUAUUCCAGCCAGCACUGGCCAGCUCAUGCCCGGUUAUCCGGUCCUGCCGGUUUCGAAAAACUACGGCCGCUCUGGAUAGAUUUCUUUGAAUCUUUGCCAGUCUACAAUUAUUGGAUACGGAUAGCCGCGCAGGUCGAAAGGUCGACAGCCCUUGAGGGUUUCGGUUCUGACGACUUCGUCACUCCAUUGUGGGCGAUGUGUUCUUACGAGCUCUUACCGAUCGCAAAAUAUCUGCUACAGCGCGGGGACAACCCAAAUAGUAAAAGCUCAUCCGGAACCACACCAUUAAACUAUGCCGCCAUGGAAAACAAUUACCACGUGGCGAGAAUGUUGAUGGAAAAUGAAAAUGUGGACAUAAACGAAGGAGACUGGUUGGACGGUUCUCCACUCAUGAACGCCACGAUCAAGGGCUCAAUCGAGGUCGUAGAGAUGCUUUUGGAGAGGAAGGACCUUCGUGUCAAUGAUACCAGCAGGUAUGGCGAGCCCGCGCUCACCUAUGCCAUCCAGGAGAAUCAGCUCGGGGUCUUGCGGCUACUCCUAAAAAGAGAGGAUCUGUUGGUCAAUGGGAGCGUGGGAGAAUGGAGUAAGCGGACACCGUUGGGGCGAGCUGUGGUCGGGGAGAAUGUUCAAGCCGUGAGACUAUUGCUGGGGCGGCAGGAUCUUGUUAUGUUUAGUGAGCUUGAUAACGACAACCAUACACCGCUCACCUGGGCUCAAAGUAGGGGUUAUUCGGAGAUUGCGCUACUCUUAUCGCGCAGAUUUGGGGUAGAGUCAGGGCCGAAUGCGCCCCCAACCGUCCCGGGUACUCCGCCUGGCGCGCCCUGUGCCGAGACCGAGGACAAGGAUAGGACAGACUGGGACUAG